AUGCCACGAAUUCGAGUACCUGUCCGACAUUCGGGUAUGCGAUAUAUCCCGCGACCCGGUAUAUAUCCACCUCGACCACCUCCACCACGACGUGGUGGUCUUAUGGGCCUAUUGGGAGGUUUAGCUGGUCUACUUUUGUGUUUACUCUGUUUAGCAACACUCGGCCUACUUGGUUUAUUCGCAACAUUUAUUGCAGUAGUUGCUUAUCUGGGAUGGGUUUAUCGGGCAUUGAGAGAUGCUGGUAAUGGUACAUCUGUUCAUUACCGAACACCAGUAAUAAUAAUUAAACCAAUUCUUUAUGGUAAUACAGCAAAACAUUUUGGUUCAAAAAGAGAUUCUGAUGGACAUACACAUAGAUGGAUACUUUAUGUUCGAUCAUUUAAUAAUGAUGAUAUGUCAAGUUAUAUUAAUCGAAUACAAUUUCGUUUACAUGAAACAUAUCCAAAUAAUAUUCGAGUGAUAAAUCAACCACCAUAUGAAAUUGAAGAAAGUGACUUAUUAAGUUUUUCUAUGGCAGGUGGUACUUCAUACUUACAUGGUUUAAAUUUAUUUGAUUUGAAAAAUCCACUUAAACCAACACCAAUUCCAACAAAAACAGGAUGUUGGCAUAAAGCAGAUACUUCUUUUGAAGAUGAAAAUAUUCAAAUAAGUGUACCUAUUCAAUCAACAAGUAUACCUGAACAUAGAUUUAGUAUUUUUUAUUCAGAUCCAACGAAUACAAAUGUGAUGUAUUAUUUCAAAUUCAUAUUUUCAUGGAUAUGUGGUGUUGAACAUAUAGAUGAUCAUAAUAAUCAAGCAACAAUACCACCAUUAGCAGCAGAAAAUUUAUUUUGGAAACAUAUUUGUAAUUUAAAUGGUAUCAUUAUUUUAGGAUUUUGUGCUUUUCUAUGGGCAUUUUUUACUGAUUAUCGUAUUGAUAAAAUGUAUAAAAAUUCUUAA